AUGGAAAGCAUCAUCGUCGCCGUUCUGAAGCAGAAACUCAAAUUCGCUAGUACGCUCAAAGAAGCAGCCAAAAUCCCUUUCAAGAGUGCCAAUCUCCUCGUUGUCAUCCUCAUUGCCUCCGUGCCGCUCUUAUGUUUCUUGCUUUACUACGAAACACUUCUCCAGGAAACACUCUCUGAAACCUUCCGUGUCCUCGAAAAAUCCUGUACUUCCCUCGAGAAAGAUUGGCCAUUUCCACUCUGCUUAACAAGAAGAGUGAGCAAAGACUUAACUUACAGGUUGAUUCGUUUGGGCUUUCUCUACCUUAUCCCCCUUCAUCCCCUCGAGCUACUUGCAUUGAUUCCGUCAAUAACCGCAUCGUCAAAAGUAUAUACAGAGGAGAUUCCAUCAACUCUGGCUGAGCUUAUGCGAACGAUACACAAUCACAAAGCAAGGACUAGAGGAACCAUAAUCACAAGCCUUCUUGUUCUUUUCUUGUCGAUCUCUACACUGGUGGGAUCGUUCUGGCUAGUCACAGUAUGCUACGUUGUCAUAAGGGGCUUGCGAGGCAGCUUCAUGCUAUGGACAGUAUAUAGAGCAGCCUGUAUUGGAAUGCUUGUCAUGUACAUCGAAGCGACUGCCAUAUGGAAUAUGAGUUUUGUGAUCUCAGUAUUGGAGGACUGUCACGGGCCAAAAGCUAUUGCACUCGCCACCAACACGAUCAAAAGAGACGAGCAAUGUUUAGUUCCUUUAAUGCUUGUGCUUUUCGUCUGUGGAAGUUGGUGUAGGUUGAUAUGCCUCAAAUCUACAUGCAGCCAUUGGUUCGGUGUGGAAUUCCUGUGUGUUUGCCUGCUUCACCUAGGCAAUGUGAUCAAGUUGAUGGCUUGUGUGGUCUGUUUCCACAACCGCAAAGGGCGCACUCCUAAAGAGGUUGACGAAAAAGCCUAG